AGACUGGCUCCAUCCAGUACGAAGUAUUCAUUGACUACCGAGGUACGUAAGUAGGUAGGGUACGUACAUGGACCGUCCAGGUGUUGGGGCGAGUCGCCGUGAAUCCACAUAUCACUACGCGCCCCUGGCAAAUGCCACACUCUUUGGCCGUCAAAUCAUCCCGUCUCAAUGCUUAGGCCAGCAAGAGUGGGCAAGACACGGACGGUCCGUAUCAGGAGGAAUGCACCGCAACUCUGCCGGAACAUUCAUCGCAGCUCGAGGGGUAUGCAUGAGCAUGAGCAUGAGCAUGGGCAUGGGCAUGGGCAUGGGCAUUGGCAGGAUGCCCAUUGAGGACGCCACUUUACAUAUCUCACUAGUCGAAAGACGUUAUCGCACGGCGCUGCUGAGAAGUCUAGGGUUGCCAUCACAAGGCACGCUAGGGCGGAGGUUUUGCGGCCUUCCUUGGCUUGCUUGCCUCAGCUUCAAGUCUGGCGUUGCCGGACUGCCGCAACUAGGGCUACGGAGCAGAAGCAUGAGCAUGACGAGCUUUUGGAGAGGGUGCCAUCCAGAAGAGCAUGAGAGGCAUAGGAUAGAGACGGAGAAGGAUAUACAUAGUAGAUUGAAAGAGAUCAUGUUUCGUGCUUCUGUACAUGACACACAUGACGGCGGCUUGCCGACUUGCCCUCUCCGAAUGAGAUGCCUCCGAGCUCUCUCAUGCAGUUUGUUGUUCGUCAGGGAUCUUCGAGAGUUUGUGCGGUGUAUUCUCACCCAAGGGAAAGCUCAUGUUGGAAGCCAACCUGAGACUGUUGAUGGGUCUCCCAGCCCAACUAGCAGUACGUCAGUCACAAGGCAUUGACAGCCGUUGGGGACCAAGCCCCGCUUAUCUUCUGCCUGUACUGUCACUGAUGACCGUCAUCCCCAAGCCUUUUUGCUCAUGUCUAUUCGUACGGACAUGUUACCAGGCAUGGCCGGCUGCCGCCUGCAUAUUUGGACAUUUGGGAUCUUACAACACUUCUAACUGCGUGCCCCAGAGGCUCGGAUCCACUGACCAGUAGUGACGGUCGUCCGUAGCAGCAGAGGGGGGGGGGGGGACGUGGCCCUCGUCUGCUCUGGGCGCGGGCGCGCCAUGGGCCCGAACUUUACCGGCGCGCGUGCAACGCAUUACCCGCCCGGAACGGCAUAUGCGAGGUGCGAGUCAAAGAAACAGAAGUAAGUAUACAGUCGCUGAUUGAGCGUGGGUUAUUUGUCGUCUGUCACUAUUGUACUAAGUCACAAUGCGCGCGUGGGGAGGGAGAG